AAGCGUGUGAGUGUGGCCUUUGACAAAACAAAAUCACAAUUACAAGACAUUGCAGUUUAUUAAUGGUCCAUUGAUUGCUCUGUUGCUCACCGAGUAUUCCUUGUAGCCUUCUAAUAUCGACAAGCAGGGACAAGAUUGUCCGUAGCCUGUAGACACUCGCAGGGCUGCCUCUGCGGAUUAUCGUUACACGCCAAGGCUUCAUAUCUACCCGUGCACUGUAAAAGAUCAUGGCCAUGAAUUCCUUGGUUCCAUCUCACAUUCAAGUUACAAUCGUUCGGGCAAGAGACUUAGCACUCAAGAGCAAAAGUGUUAAUAGUGACAUAUUUGCUUUGGUACAAGUGGAGAAAGAGAAGCAGGUAACACAGUUGCUACCAAGACACAGCUGCCCUCAAUGGAACCAGAGCUUUGAUAUUCCUCUUAUGAGUUUAGAUUCUUCAGUUGACAUAACUAUCAAGCAGAAAACAAAGUUUGCCGAAGAGUUCAUUGGCUAUACUCGCGUGCCUUUCAAUCAUUUGAGUAUCUCAAGGCGUGUCCGACAGAACUGGCACAAACUAGGACCCAGGCCGGGUAAAACAAGCUCCAAGCCACGCGGUGACAUCCUCAUCUCUCUCUCCUUCCUUUACAAGUGGGACAGUAUUGAAACCUCGCCGAUUAGCCCUUCCUUUGAAGAAAGGGAUAGAAGGAUGCUACGUCGCACGAAAUCAGAAUAUAAGAGUGGGACUGGAGGUGGGGCAGGAGGCAAUGCUAAAUCAGAGAGACAGAUUAAAUCAAAAGGAAGUAUCUUUGGGCGAGCAAAAAACAAGAAAAAUCAAAUAUUCGAAGACAACGAUGAUUUUGUUGCACUUUCGAUCCGUAGCUCCGGUGACCCUCCAACUCCUCCUCAAUCGGAAAGAAGAAAACAGAUACUCUUAUCCCCUUCCUCUCCCGAGAGGACAGAGGGGGACAUCCCUAAUGAGGCUCGCUCCUCCUCUCCUACUCAUUUAUUGUUCACUGAAGCCACUCAACAACUAGAGAAGACUGGUAUCGUCGAUUUAUGGAGAGCGGAUCCUGUCAUCAGACGUGAAGCUGUGAAACAGAAAAUCAGAGACAAUGAGGCAUCAAAGCUUGGCUCGUCUUCUAUUCCAACUGUUAAAAAGGAGUCUUCAUUUGAUAGUUCAUACGAAGAGGAUAUGUCGAGACACCCUGCAUCGACUCCGACUAACACUCCCACCCGUUCAAACACAAUCACAUACAGAGCAAGAUCAACCCCAAGGAGACGAGAGAGAACCAACUCAUCAGGAAACGUGUUGGGAUCACCAAAAACUUCACAAGAGAAAGUAACAGAGACACCACACACUUCAAAUACCUCACUGGAAUCAAACACUUCCGAGUAUUACAGUGCUGGGAGUUCUAUCAACAACACACCCUCAACUUGUAAUACAAUGAUGUCUUUUGAUGGGGAAGCCACACCCACAAACACUACGCCCCCGAGAGAAAAAGAAGCAGUUAAAAAGAUCUCAAGAGACAGUUUUGAUGGAGGAACAAUGACAACACCAACGCUAGAACCUCGCUCACCUCAAAGAAGAGGUAAACUAAAGAAAGGAGCAACCUUAGACACACCCUCUUCAUACUCUACCCUCCCUCAUCGCCAUAGCAAUGUACACACUAGCAACCACUCAUUCUCGACACUCCAAAGAAGCCCGACAAAAGACAUUGAGAGAGCCAAGCCUCGUAAUCCCCAACAGCAGUACCUCACAGCAUCAGGUACCAACAAUAUCAAGAGACACUCGGCCGACAUAGCACAGAUAUUGAAGCUAGGCAGUUUGAGUCAAGGUAGGAAUGAUGGACUGGAGAACGUGUUGAAUGCUGGACAAUUGAAACAGUUACUUCAAAAGCGUAACAGUCGUGGGAAUGCUGAAUCAGGAGCAGAUUCUCCCGUAUCUAAAACUAGGAAUGUAUCAUCUACUCUUCCUAUAGCAAAGACUCCUAACCCUGUCUCUCCUACUGGAAAUAAGGACACUCUCACAUCUACCGACACGCCCAAAGAGGUAAAGAAAGAAGUCCUUAUCUUACACGACGAAACUUCUUCAAAACCUUUGCUACAAAAUGGCCGACCGUUGAUUAGUGAUGAUGAUCAAGAGACCCGUGGCAGUGCAUCUGAUAAUUCCCCUCAACUAAUACCCAAAGCUGAUGUGGCUAUUUCAGUAGACACUCCUACAAGCAGUGGGUCAACUACACCGUCUCGUAUGUCUCCUCCUCUCACAAGCACUGAUGUGACCAGAGAAACAACUCCAUCACCUGAAGGUGGUGAAGAUGAGACUGACGAUGGUAAAGAACCAAGAGCAGAAACAAAGAAAAAACACACAGUGGAGUACAAGAAACCAUUUGAUGGAGGAAAUAGCUUUCAGCCAUUCCGCCCUCUCCCUCCAUCAGUGGCAGCUAUCAGUGCCAGCAAUAGUUCAGCCAGUUCUCCUGCUCAUUAUUCUCAGAAGAAAUACUCCAGCACCACAGACAUCACAACAUUACUGAAUCAAUGCAAGGAGAUUGUGUCCACUGGCAAUAGUAUUGAACGUAGUUCUGUCCACGGCUCUCGUUCUGCUACUAAUUCCGGUCGAGCUAGUCCAGUUAUUCUAGAAGAGGAGGAGGAGGAGGAAGGAGAGAUCAAGGCUAAUACUACAUCUCUUACUCCAACUACUCCUCCUUCUAAUGUACCCACUCCUAAUACUGUCAAAUCAGCUCCUAAAACGAGUGCAUCGGUGUCCCGGAGGAAGACUGGUGGAGGCUUGAAGAGAGCACUCUCACUGUAUCAGGAGAAUAGGAAACAGAUGCCUUCUUCUUCUCCUGCUAGUAAAGGAAAGAGGACUGAGAGUACAUCAUCAAGUAAACCUCCUGGAAUUAUUCGUAGGAACAGCUCAAGUGACAAGUCAAAGAGACCAGAGAUUAAUAAACCGAAUCAGAAGCCAACAAACACUCUUCCUCCUCCUCCUCCUACACUCACUUCAUUACCAAAGCAUGUCCCAAGCACUAGCACAGCUCCAUCAACCGUCAGUGCUGUUGGUGUCAUGGGAAGUAAGACAUCACUGGGAGCUAGCUUCACUGCAAGCAAAUCAAACUCAAACUCUCCCGCCACCAAACAAAAUGAAGCUACAGAGAAGCUUACUGUAGCUACUCCUAAUGGUCUUCUCUCAUCACAUGAGACACACCACUCCUCCUCCUCUCAUACAAAGACUCACACUGACCCUAUCACCUCUUCUAGUCACUUCACUCUUCCUCCUCCUCCUCAUUCACAAGAGGAUGCUGGUCAUGUUGAUUCAGUUGAGUCUGUCAGAGGUGAAGGGGUUGCUAGUAGUGGCAGUACUGAUACACCUUCAAUGUCUUCGUACAGUGAGCACGAGAGUAGUUGUACUACUAGUUCAAGUGAAUGGGACGAAGAGGAGACCACAACUGAAGAGGAUUAUUGUGAAUGGAGCAAAGAGGCUUUGAUAUCUGAGUUGGUUAGAACGAAAUCAAAACUAAAGAGGCGGACACUAGAGCUACAGGACACAAAGAGUUAUCUUGAGGCUCUCCUAGUUAAAGUCAUGAAUUCUAAUCCUGAACUACUGCUUAGUGACAGCUUGUGACAGCAAGCAGCAUCUCCCUGCUUCAAGGGCAGCUGGUAGCUUUUAAUGAUAUUUGAAUUUCUGUGUAGUCUAUUAAUAAUUGUAAUGUGUACGUACAGCGUAUGUACUUGUGUAUGUGUAUUAUAAUUUUUAAUGGAUCUAUUGUUUUCUGUUUAUUAUUCGACUAUACUUGCACCAAA